AUGCGCACAACGUUACAAAAUUCAGAGAAAGAACUUAAGAAAGAUCCUGGUAUACCGAAUUUGUAUCCGUUUAAAGAUCAACUCUUGAAUAAAAUCGAACAGCAGAAAAUAAAACUUGAAGAUGAAAAACAACGACAAGCGAGUGCACGAAAUUCAUUGUUCGAUAAGAAUCGAAAUUUAAAUUUUACGUCGCUUGCUAAAGAUGUAUCUAACCGCAAUAUAGUUUUUGAUAAUGAUCAUAAUUCUGAGGAUGAAGAGGACGGAGUAAUAGCAUCUGUAGAUGCGGCCGCUGUUGGACAGAAAGAUAACUCUCGCAAAGCAUAUUAUAAAGAAUUUCGUAAAGUUCUUGAGACAGCUGAUGUGAUUUUGGAGAUAUUAGAUGCUCGCGAUCCUUUGGGCUGCAGAACUAAACAAGUUGAAAAGAUGAUAACAGAAAGUGGAUCUACCAAAAGAAUCAUUUUGGUGUUGAAUAAAAUCGAUCUUGUUCCCAGAGAAAAUAUAACCCAAUGGCUUAUAUAUCUCCGUAAAGAAUUUCCAACAGUUGCUUUUAAAUCCUCCACUCAAUCACAACGAAAGAAUCUCGGACAUUCUUCUUCAUCGGUGUCUACCGCAUCAAAUAAUAUAAUAAAACACAGCAAUGAAUGUUUAGGUGCUGACACACUUAUUACGCUUCUUAAAAAUUACUCUCGAAGUUUGAAUAUAAAAACUUCAAUUACUGUUGGAGUAAUCGGUUUUCCAAAUGUCGGAAAAUCCUCUGUUAUUAAUUCCUUAAAACGGUCCAAGGUUUGUGGUGUAGGUGCCUCGCCAGGGUUAACAAAGUCUGCACAAGAGAUUCACUUGGACAAGAAUAUAAAGUUAUUGGAUUGUCCUGGGAUUGUAUUUACUCGUAAUCAGUGGGGUGACGGGCAUGCGGAAAUUUUGUUAAGAAAUUUUGAACUAAUCGUUUCUCGUUGUAAACCUGAACAACUAAUGAACAGAUAUAGUGUUCCAAUGUUCAGGCAUACUAACGAAUUCCUUUUACAUCUAGCCCGCCAAAGGGGCAAAUUAAGACGUGGUGGCAUCCCUGAUCUUGAUUCUGCGGCAAAGAUAGUUUUGCACGAUUGGAAUUCUGGCAAGAUACCAUAUUAUACUGUACCACCAACAGCUGCAAAAGAUAACGUGAUUCUUGAUAGUACGAUCGUUUCAACAUGGAGUAAAGAGUUCAACUUGGACGAGGUGUGCAAUGAGAGUGAAGAUCAAACUAUUCUUGAUAGUGUGAAGACUAAGAAUGAUUUUGGAAGUUCUGCUAUUGUGACGACCGGAAAGUUUCCGGAAAUAGAGAUGGAUGAUUUUAUUGACAACGAUGACUCUCAAAGUUUUUACAACAGCGAUGAAGCUCCAGAAGCAAUUCCAAUGGAAGUUGAAGAAAAAUCAACGGAGCUUGUUGUGCCUCAAAUGAAGCCCAAGACAGUUACUUUUGCUAACCCCCCUCAGCAGAUUUUCUCAAAAUUAGAGUUAGAACUUAAUCCGCAAGUGAAUAAAAAUAAAAAAAAAGAGUCUAAAAAGGCGAAGAAAGCGUCUAAAAAGAAGGAUCAAAUGAAAUCUGACGAUUCGAUUCACAUGGAAGAUGUAGUUAAACAGGACGAUGGAUCAAAUCAUCACACACAAGAUAUGGGAAAAACCAAAAAUGAAGAAGAUCGUUAUGAUUUUUCCGAAUUUUUUGGAAAAUUAUCCUAUUCCUAUACGCAAAAUAUGGGCAAAAAGUCGAAGGAUAAAAAAACUCAUAAACAUAAACAUAAACGUUCGCAUAGAGAUUCUUCUCAAAGUGAACGCCUUAGUAACGAACAAACAAUAAAUGAACAGCCACGACUCGAGCAACCUCGUACGAGAAUUAGACUUUCAUACAGACGAACUGAUGACGAUGACAAUCCGAGGGUGGAAAGUAGUUCUCAAGUGCAAGAUAAUAACGAGGAGGAAGAUCUUGUCGAUGAUCAAAUGAAUGUAAAUGUAGAGGAUAACGAAAUUGCCUCUGCUUCGAGAGAAACCCCUCGAAGAACGAUAUUGAGAUUGAAAUUUAAUCCAGAUUCAUCAUCAAAAAAGAAUAAAAAGCGUAAGCAUAAACAUAAACGCCGCUCCGAAGUUAUUGAGGCUUCGUCAUCGCAUUCUCAUGAAAAAGUCAACAAGGGAAAACGUAAAGCACGGGAUCUUAUUGAAGGUUCAAAUCUUGAAGAUUCUGAUCGAAAACAAAGUGAUAAAGGUGAUGAUAUCGUAUCAACCCAUUCUCGAAAGAAGGUCAAACAUCAAAGGAACAUUGACGUGAAUGAAAUUGUUGCUGCCGGUGAAAAUGUAAACACACAAUCGUCGCUGAAUUAUCAGUCAAAGCAAGUUUCACCUAAUGUUGUAGAUGUAGAAGAUUCCUUGACUGACGUAAAUCUAUCAGGUGGAGUUAAUACGGAUACUUCAAAGGCGGAGAACGUUACCAUUUCUUUUAAUAAGGAAAUAUCAAAAGUAAUACAAGAUAUUAAGAAUAAAGAGGAGAAUGAGAAAUCAUCAACUCAUGAUUUAUCUAAUCAAAAACAAUUAAGUGGUGAAGGUACAAAGAAUCAAUUAAAGAGGGUCGCCGGUAAGAAACCCCUCGAACAUAUAGUAGAAGCCGGUCCUUCAAUUUAUGCGCAAGAUCGCAAAGAAGUUUCCGGUAUAACAUCAUCUUAUCAACUUAGAGAAAAGCGUUCAUAUCCACCUAGUUUUAAAGAUGUUAAUAAACCGGAUGAAUCACGUCCCUCAAAAGUUCACAAAGUCUCUUUGAAGACCGUUCAGUCAUUUCAAGAAGGUGCUGGUGUUAUUACGUCACCUAAAAGUUCCGAAAUCCACACAUCACAGCAAACUAAGUUCGCUACAACUAAAUGUCAUGAUAUCUCCGAAGAUGUUAAUGGCAAGUCGACAAUCAAAGAUGUUACUACAUCACCUUCUACCAAAGCCGGGCCUGUACGUAAGCUGGGAAGGCCUCCAAAAUCACUACAAGAGGCUCGUAACAAUAUUCAACGUAAUUGGACAUGGCAGAAAAAGAAGAAGGAUCUCAAGACAAUCUUGAAUAAGUUAUUGGACUCUUUCGAAAAGAAAGAUGCGUAUGGUUUCUUUUUGGAACCUGUUGAUACAAGCAUCGUGACUGAUUAUUCGACCAUUAUCACAAAUCCUAUGGACCUCGGAACGAUGCGUAAGAAGGUGGCAAAUAAUGAAUAUACAACCAUUGAUACAUUCAAGGACGAUCUUGCAAUUAUUUGUAAUAAUUGCAAGACAUAUAAUGCUCCAGAAACUUUAUAUUAUAAAAGUGCCGAAAAACUUUGGGCUUUUGGCGAAAAAUCUAUUGAACGAGAAAGAGAUAGUAUUCUAUUAGAAGAAGAAAAGGCAAAAGCAUUGGAAGAAAUUAUUGAUAUUGAAUAUGGAGGCAAGAAGUCUAAUAUUAACGUUGGCAACAAUGCUUCUAGCAGAGGCUCCUCCGUUUCUUCAAGGCCCAUGAGACAACCUAGAAGAACGAAGCGAGGAGAUCCGCGCAAACAAUUUGCACAGGAUGGUUCAGUUUUGCCUUUUGGAAAUCCUGGAGAGCUUUUGCCAAAAGCACGACCCUUUGGCGAGACACCAUUACUUACAGUUAUAUCAUCAAAAGCCCAACGUCCAGCACGAUUUGAAGAUUAUGGUCCAUUCGCGACGUUAGGAAUGGACGCGCCAUAUUAUUCACCAUCCGAAAAAGAAUAUUUCUAUAAUAUAUAUGGUGAUGAAAGGGGAUACGCUUAUUCUCAAAGCAUAAAGAACUUUGUCAAAGAUAUGGGUGAUGAAAUGAACUCGCAGGUUGACAACUUCCUUAACAAAUUGACUCGAGGUGCAUACAGUGUCGACCAACAAAUUGCUAACAUGGAGACAGAACCUAUUGAUACGUCCGCUGUCUUGGACACCGAAUUUGGCCCGGUUAAUGUGGGUAACGAACUCGGCCAAAUUCGGCGCCUCCCUGAACUUAGAAAACAAAGAGCAGAGUUGGAAAUGUGGCAAAACGAAAAAAUCGAUCUAGACUUUCUAGUAAGCGAUCAGGAAGCCAGUUCCAUGUUGGCCACUCUCGGAGACACCAGUUUCCAAGAAAUGUUGGAUCUCAAUGCCAAGUCAUUGGCCGAGUUAAUCGCGGUAAAGAAUAACGAAAAUGCUGUUGCUCAUCAAGGGACACAGAAACAGCUUGUCGACGAUGUGCAACAUCGUCUGUUCCAACUUGCUCAGCACGCGCCUAGGAGCGAGAUUAAAUCGCGUGCAAUAUCUCCUAUGCAAUCAUACGUAAUGCCGGUUCCCGUGGUCGGUUCACAGGCGACAAAAACACAGAUACCGAAACAUUCUACGUCGGGUGUGGAACAAAACGAUCCAAUCAGUGCAUUAGCGCCGUCCUUGCCCGAAUUUCUUGCUAUAAGUGGAAAAGGUCGUACUAAGCCGUGCAAUUAUAAUCCUGCCGGAAAGUGUGCCAAUUGUCAGACUACCGAUACUCCCGGAUGGCGAGCGGGAGAAACUUCCGAUCAAAAAUUGUGUAAUGCAUGCGGAUUGUAUUACGCAAAAAACAAAUCUCACAGACCUCCAAACCUGUGGGCUACUUCAUCGCCGAUGAUGGAAACCGAUGCUGGCUCCAAGAAUUGGUUAAAGGAGAGGGCUGCUAUAUCUGCCGCUCAUAGACGUCAGAAAACCGACCCUGCUGUGGCACGUCUUAUCGAAAAAGCCGAUCAAUUACAUAAAGAACGUACGCAGAAACGCUUACAUGAAACGGUCGAAGAAGAUGAGGUUAAAGAUGAAGUUCCGGAGCCUGUUGCGAAUAAUGAAGGUAUAGACUGUCGUACGAAUGUAAAAAGUUCGUUUCGCCGCAGUGUAUUAUUUUCAUCCCCACUAAAUUAUUCGUCGACGCCAGCUGAGGACGAAGAACUAGAAGAUAUUGAUGCAAUUGUAAAUGUACCCCCACCUAAAGAGAUAGUCGUUAAAGGUAAGACAACCAUUGAAUGUUAUGUAGAUAGAAUACCUUGUACGACAAUUGAUGAAUAUCUUGUUAAAAUAGUCUCCCAGAAAUCUGAUGAAGAUACAAUCGCAUCAAAUCAUAGUAAUGAGGAUGUAUACCGUUCGUUUGUCGAAUCCGUCCUUGAGCAGGGGUUAACAACCGAAUCUUCCUUGGAGUUAUCGUUUGAUCUAAAACCUGAAGACAUACAAAUCAAAGAAGAGGAAGACGAAGAGGAGGAAGAGGAGGAAGAGGAGGAAGAGGAGAUGAAAGAAUUGGAAAAAGCGGAGAAAGCGGAGAAAGCGGAGAAAGCGGAAGAGGAAGAAUUUCAAGAGGAACAAGCAAAUGAAGAUGGAGCUUAUAAUGCAGAAGAAAAAAUACAAGAGGAAUCAAAGAAUACAAAUUCGGAGCUUAAUCCUCAUGAAGAAAUUAAAGAUGACAUAAAAGAACAAGUGGAUGAUAAAUCAAGCAAAAAAAAAGAACCAAAAUUAACAGAAGUUGAAUUAGAUUCAAAACAUGAUGACUGCAGAAUCGCAGAACUCACAAAUAGAUGCAAUGUGGAGGAGAGUUCGUCCAAUGACAAGUUUAAAUUGGUUCUACCUCCUGAUUUGUUAAAAUCAAGAGAUUUUAAUUUAAGUUUUGACGAAGGUGAAGCUUCGGGAUCAGGAUAUUUUGACAAAGAAGGCAAAGAAGAUAAUGAUUUAAAUUUUUACGGUUCUGACGAGGGUGAAGCUCUGAAAUCAAGAGAUUUCAACAAGGAAAACGAUUUAAAUUUUUACGAAGGUAAAGAAGAUAGCAAUGACAAAGAAAGUGAAGACUUUAUAAAUGAUAAUAGCUACGAUGAUCGUAAUGAAUCCAACGCUAAUGAAAGAAGAGAUUUUAAUCUCCGUACAAAAAAAAGAAUUAAUUAUAAUUAUGGUCCUUCGCCCAAAAGGCGUCGUAGAAACAAUUCUGUUUUACGAACGUCUCUACCAAUAUCAUCGCCUCAAUCUUAUUCUUUACCAUCUCCUUCGCCUAUAAGAAGAGAUGUUUAA